AUUUUAAAAAAAUCGUAACAACCCAAUUUAAUGGUGAUAACUAGCAUCGUGGUCUAAACUACCGAGGAGAUCUAAGAGUCAUUUUAGUACUAUUAGUAUCGCGGCAACUAAUCUCCCUUGAUCCGAAUAUCUAGCUCCACUGCCCUAAAAUCACGCGCCACCCUAACUUUUACGCGCCAGCGAUGGCCGCCCCACCGACACUCCCCCUCUCUAACUCUCAAGCCAACGCCCCGUCCCAACCAGCCAUCGCCACGCCAGCCUUCCGCGCAUUCGUCUCACGCCUGUCCUCGUCCAUCCGUCAAGGCUUCUCUCAACGCCGGCCAUGGUCCGAACUUGUAGACCGAACCGCCAUGGCGCGGCCCGAUUCCCUCUCCGAAGCCUACUCUCGGAUCCGGAAAAAUCUCUCCUACUUCAAAGUCAACUACGUAACCCUACUUGCGCUCGUACUCGCUUUCUCUCUCUUAUCGCAUCCUUUCUCUCUGCUCGUCCUUCUCUCCCUCUUAGGCGCAUGGAUGUUCUUCUACAUUUUUAGACCGUCGGAUCAGCCUCUUAUAAUCUUCGGGCGUACGUUCUCUGACCGCGAGACGCUUGGAGUGUUGGUUGUGUUGACGAUUGUCGUCGUGUUCCUGACGACCGUCGGAUCUCUGUUGAUCUCUGCGUUGAUGGUUGGAGCGGCGAUUGUGUGUGCUCAUGGUGCUUUUAGGGUCCCCGAGGAUCUGUUCUUGGACGACCAGGAGCCUGUUAACUCAGGAUUCCUAUCCUUCCUCGGCGAUGCCGCCGCCCCUGCCGCCGCCGGACGCGUUUGAAACUGUCGCUCGGGCGGAUCGCGACUUCAACAUGUAUGAUUAAUUCAUGAUUUUUUUUCUGGCAAGCAAUUGGGAUAGGAUUUUUGUAACAUUUGGAUAUUGUUGUUUUGAUUUGUAUGGAUUAAGUUUUGCUAUUGCAAUGGAAGAUGUUAAUUCUAAGGUAAA